AUGUGUCAAAUCAGCCAAUUUGAGUACAAAUGCAACUCUUCAGCCUGCAAGACUCCCGAAAGAACGGAUACUGAAAUCAACGUCCUCCGCUAUUGUGACUGGUACACCAACCGUCAGCCAUGCACUGGCAUGAAAGCAUCCAUGAGCGACGAGCACUCCCACGAACGCAAACAUACCGCAACCAAGACCGUUCGUAUCAAGAAGUGUCGGUUGUGUCAACCAGCGAUCCGCCCAAUUGAGCAAGGCAUCUGGAUCGGUCUCCUGCUCCUCACAGUCGUGUCGAUCUCCUACUGCGGAAGUUCUUCGUCCGACGUCUUCAAUUGCGCCUGGUGCCUGGCGAUGCUACACGCCUUACUGUUGACCUUCCCGGCUGCCUACCGUAGACCUCAAGAAAUCGAGACGGUCCAGAGGAGCAUUGAGAUUUCCCCCACACCUGGCAAGACUUGCGCGGAAUACUGUAGCAAGCUACAGACGUCUCCACGAACGACACAUGUCGCGGUAGACCUCGCUGCCAAGACCAUUGGGAAAGAACAGGUAGGGCAGCAGCGGCUUGUACUGAUUGCUGCGAGUAUAUACAUGGCCUCGCAUCUGAUGUCGGAGCCGGAGGACGCGCACAAGAUACAGGAGGUCGUGGCUGUCGACCUCUGGCAGGCGUAUCAGAAGCUGUUGGACCGGGCGGACGAGCUGGUCACCGGCGAGUUGGUCUGCCAUGGCGCUGAUGUGUCGAAGCUACCGAGACCAUGGUGA